CACUUUCAGCUAUGGUUGGCAGAUGGUGCUGGUCAUACAUCAGGGAUGUGAUGUGCUUUUAUUACCUCCCCGACCGUACAGCCGAUAAGAUGGGCGAGACGCGAUCGCCCCUGGUGCCGUUCUGGACAGUGUUGCUGCUAGCGAUCGGUGCAGGCGUCCAUUAUGCGCACGGCGCCAACAUUCUUGCCCUGAUGGGUGUGCCUAGUCCGAGCCAUCACAUUUGGAACCGUGCGCUGGUGAAUGCGCUAGCUGCCCGUGGCCACAACCUGAUCGUCGUAUCGCCGGACGUAGAGCGAAACCCGCCACCGAACGUGACGUACAUCCAUCUGGAGAAAACGUACGACACGAUCCACGAGGGCGCGACGGCGAUCGAUUUCUACGAGAUGGGCCAAUCGAGCAUACUGGAGAGCAUGCGGAUCUUCUACGACUACGCGAUCUCGAUGUGCAUCGGCAUACUCGGAUCGGAGGGAUACCAGACGAUCAUGAACUAUCCGCGCGAUACCAAGUUCGAUCUAGUGCUGUACGAUUUCACCUGCGGUCCGUGUCUGCUCGCUGUGUACGAUCGGUUCGGCCAGCCACCGAUGGUUGGUGUGACGGGGUUCAACACACCGCCCUACACGACCGAUCUGAUCGGGGGCCACAAGUAUUACGCCUACGUGCCGUACUACACGCUGGACUACGACAGCAGUAUGAACUUUUUCCAACGAUUCUACAAUGCCGCACUCCAUUGGAUUGAUUACUUCUACCGCAACUACAUCUUCCUUCCGGAAACGGAUCGUCUUGUACGCGAGCACGAAAAGGCAAACGAUCUUCCCUAUCUUGGUACGAUGGAUCAGAAAAUGAUGCUUAUGCUGGUGAACUCUCACCAUUCCGUCGACUUCCUCGAACCGAUCCCUCAAAACAUGAUCCAGGUCGGUGGGCUACAGAUCAUUCCAUCUAAGCCGCUUCCAGCCGAUAUCGAUCGCUUCAUCCGGGCCGGGAAGAAGGGUUCCGUGCUGUUUUCUCUCGGGACGAACGUGCUCAGUAAAGAUUUGGGUCCGGAGCGGAUCAAAGCCUUCCUGCAAGCGUUCCAACAAAUGCCGGCCUAUAACUUCCUGUGGAAGUUUGAAACGGACCUACCGUACGAUCUGCCGCCGAAUGUUAUGAUGAAGAAGUUUCUGCCACAGAAUGAUAUUCUCGCCCAUCCGCAUGUGAAGGGCUUCAUGACGCAUGGCGGGCUGCUGAGUACGCACGAGGCAACGUGGCACGGUGUGCCAAUGAUCGGUAUCCCCGUGAUCGCUGAUCAGUAUCGGAAUCUCGCUAAAUCCAUCCGCGCUGGUGUAGCGGAAAAGAUUAGUCUGUGGGAUCUGACGACGGAGAAAAUACGCAACACGGUGCUGAAGGUGCUGGAGUCACCCCGCUACCGUGAUGCCAUGAAGGUACGAUCGGAGCUGUUCCGCGAUCAAUCGGAACAUCCGCUCGAGCGGGGCGUCUGGUGGGUCGAAUGGGCCCUACGCCAUCCGAACGCGAAGACGAUCCAAUCGCCCACCCUCGAGCUUGGACCGUGGCGGAGCGAACUGUACGACGUGAAGGCCUGCCUGGUGCUGGCCGUACUGUUGAUCGUUUAUUUGCUGCACAAAACUGGCAAAGCACUCUUUGCAAAAGCUUCCCAGCCGGGUAAAGCGAAAAAGAAAGUACAAUGUUGCUGGCAGCUAUCAGCCGGCGCAAACAUCCUCUGUCUUACGCCAGUCCCCAGCCCAAGCCAUCACAUCUGGAACCGAGUCUGGAUCGAGGCACUCGCUGCCCGCGGCCACAACCUAACGGUGAUAUCAGCGGAUGUGGACGAGCGAACAGCUCCACCCAACAUCACCUACAUCCAUCUCGAGCAUGCCUACUCGGAUCUGCACACGGAGCUCGAUCUGUUCCAAAUGGCGUCCCACAGCGCACUCACCGGAAUAAAGGACCUAUACGUCUGGGGUACGGCCAUGUGCAGGGGAGUGCUACGGUCCAAGGGUUUGCAAGUAAUUCAAGCCUAUCCAGACGAUUUCCGGUUUGAUUUGAUCAUCGCGGACAUCACCUGUGGGCCGUGUCUGUUUCCACUGAUACAUAAAUUCCACCAUCCACCACUGAUCGGUGUAACGGCGUACAACAAUCCACAGUUUACGGCGGAUUUCGUCGGCGGACACAAGCACUACGCGUAUGUGCCGUUCUUCACGUUAAACUACGACUCGGAUAUGACCUUCUAUCAGCGAUUCUACAACUGGGUCCUGCACAAUGUCGAUCAUUUCUAUCGCCAUCACGUGUUUCUUCCCCGCAUCGAGCAGAUGGUACGCAACCACUUCCGCUACCCUGACAUGCCAUCGUUGGAGCAGAUGGAGCACAACACCGUACUGCUGCUUGCCAACUUCCACUACUCCGUUGACUUUGCCGAAUCAAUCGCACCGAACCACAUCCCGGUCGGUGGACUGCAGGUGCGACCCGCCAAUCAUCUUCCAGACGAUCUGGCCACCUUCAUUGCAGCCGGUAGGGAAGGAUCGGUGUUGUUCUCGCUCGGCACCAACGUGAGAAGUGCCGAUCUGGGGAAGGAACGCAUCCACAUGUUCCUGGAUGCGUUCCGCCAGCUGCCGGAGUACAAUUUCCUGUGGAAGUUUGAAGAGCUGCCAUCGUUUGAGGUUCCUGCGAAUGUGUUGAUAAGGGCGUUCUUGCCCCAGAACGAUGUGUUAGCGCAGCCGAACGUUAAGGCGUUCAUUACGCACAGCGGUAUGCUGACUGCACUCCGGGAGAUACUAACCAACACCAGCUACCGAGAUGCCAUGAAGCGCCGUUCCGCACUGCUGCGCGAUCAACCGGAACAUCCGCUCGAUCGAGCCGUCUGGUGGAUCGAGUGGGUCCUACGUCAUCCCGACGGGAAGGCAAUACAAUCACCCACCAAGCAUAUGACAUUCUGGCAGUACGAGCUGUACGAUAUAAAGCUGGCACUGAUACUACUUAACGUGACCCUUUCUCAUCUACUCACACACCCAGAGGCAAUGUACGAUGAUGACCGAGGAAUCACUCUUCGCUCAACUAACGCUCAUCUCGCGCUAGUUCAUAAGAUAACGGCGAUGCGUACGAACGUAUCGCUUGUUGCGCUCUGCGCACUAGCGGCACUGUCCGCCGUCCAGACAGCAAACAUCCUCUGCAUCAUGACCGUGCCUAGUCCGAGCCAUCACAUUUGGAACCGUGUCAUCAUGGAGGAGCUGGUAGCCCGGGGCCACAAUGUAACGGUCGUCUCCCAGGAUGGUGAUGCAUCACGCACCAACCUUACCUACAUCAUGCUGGAAAAGGUAUACUCCACCCUGUACGAAGACGAAGGACUUGAUCUGCUGGAAGUGUCGAAAGAAACCCCCUUUCAAUCACUGUUCACCUUCCGCGAGUUCUAUCUCGGCAUGUGCCGGGGAGCGCUCAAGUCGAACGGAUUGAGCGUGAUCCUCAACUACCCCGACAGCUUCCGGUUCGAUCUCGUACUGUACGACUUUGGCUGUGGACCGUGUUUGCUACCGUUGCUGCACAAGUUUAACUACCCGCCGCUGGUCGCACUGACCGCGUUCAGCAACCCACCGUACUCGGUGGACAUUGUGGGAGGUCAUAAGCAUUUUGCGUACACGCCACACUACGCCCUGCCGUACGGGUUCGACAUGAGUUUCGCCGAGCGGGCCUACAACACGUACCUCUGCCUGUGGGAUGCUGGUUUGCGUAAGUUUACCAUCAUGCCCCAGCUGGACGCAAUGGUAAGGGACCGGUUCGGCUUCAACGACAUGCCCUACCUACAGGACAUUGAGCAGCGCACGGUUCUGAUGCUGGUUAACACUAAUCCCUCGUUCGAUGCACCGGAACCACUGCCACCGAAUGUGAUUGCGAUCGGAGGAGCCCACAUUAAGGAACCGAAACCACUGCCCAGCGAUUUGGAGGAGUUUGUGGGGAAGGCCAAAAAAGGGACCGUACUGUUUUCGCUCGGUUCCAACAUCCGAUCGGACAUGAUUGGCGAGCAGCGUCAGCGGAUGUUUAUCGAAGCGUUCCGCCAAAUGCCGGACUAUCAUUUCCUGUGGAAGUUUGAAUCGAAACUGAACCUCCCGUUGCCACCGAACGUGAUCAUACGGCCGUGGCUGCCCCAGAACAGCAUCCUGAACCAUCCCCGGACGCGAGGAUUCAUCACGCACUCGGGUGGAUUGAGCACGCAGGAAGCGUCCUGGUUUGGCGUACCACUGAUCGGAAUGCCGUUCUUUGUCGAUCAGCAUCGAAACCUCAAACGCUCCCUCAUUGGUGGGGUGGCCGAGCCGCUCGAUUUUGGCGCGCUGUCGACGGAGAAAAUACGCGCCACCGUGUUGAAGGUGCUGGAAACACCGAUCUACCGGGAGAACAUGCAACGCCGGGCGAUGUACUUUCGCGAUCAGCCGGAAAAACCGCUCGAUCGGGCGAUCUGGUGGAUCGAGUACGUGCUGAGACAUCCAACGGUGGAGCAUCUACGCUCACCGACGCUGAAGCUGGGCACGGCCAGGUCUAAUCUGUUGGACGUGUAUGGCUUCUUUGCUGGAGUGAUCUUGUUCGUGUUAUGGUUGGCCGUGUUCAUAGUAAGGCGCGUAUGCUGUGGACGUAAAAUGAAGUCGAAAAAGAAGCAACAGUGAAUGUUGGUACGAUUUGCAGAGUGGAGAUAACUGAGAUUUUAACCAUUAUUUGCAUUAGAAAUAGUUUUGUUGUUUAGUAAAUUUUAUAGUUCAAAAUAAAUACAAAAUAAC